GUGACGCUAUCAUCUUCGGGAAUUGUAGUCCAAAAUAGUGAAAUACGCCGUGUCCCAGUUUGCUGAGAGCUCGAGGAUCCAGAAUAAUCUUCAGCGCACAGAGUAAGAGAGAGGAGGGGUGGAGGGAGCACCUCCCAGCAGAACAGUACCACACUGACGUCCUUUAAAAACAAACAUCACACUUUAUUGACACUUAUCUGCAGCAGAACAUCAUCGGGGACGUAAACAAGACGAAGGAGACGUGUGGACACAUCAAGCUGCGCGUGUAACUUAAAAACAGAGAGAGUGACGAGCUUUGUAGCAACAAUCAGGAGAGGAGCUGCAGAGCGACAGGCUGUUUAUAAACACGGAGCGCUGCGAGGCGAUCACUCUGUUGGAUUUCUGACCUGAAGGUGCGCAGCGUUUUUGACAAGCUUUGAAGGGAUUUAAGAAGGGGGGGCACCAAUGGCCCACCGCGUUCACGACCACCACCAGGGCGGCCUGCCUGUGGCCCAGACCACGGUGCUGACCCUCCCACCGUCCAGCCAAUCUAAGGAUCUGAGGCCCAGACUGACUCCUGUGGACUCCCUGGUGUGCGGAGCGUUUGCCGGAGCUGUGGCCAAAACAGUCAUUGCACCUCUGGAUCGCACCAAGAUCAUUUUUCAAGUGUCCUCCAAGAGAUUCUCUGCAAAGGAGGCCUUCAGGGUUAUCUACUGCACCUACAUGAAGGAUGGAUUCGUCAGUCUGUGGAGGGGGAACUCUGCCACCAUGGUGAGGGUCAUGCCCUACGCUGCCAUCCAGUUCUGUUCACAUGAACAGUACAAGAAGCUGCUGGGGGGGCGCUAUGGCUUCCAGGGCAAAGCGCUGCCGCCUUUCCCACGGUUACUGGCGGGCUCUCUGGCUGGUACCACCGCCGCCAUGCUGACUUAUCCUCUGGACAUGGUCCGAGCCAGGAUGGCCGUCACCGCCAAAGAAAUGUACAGUAACAUCAUGCAUGUCUUUGUACGCAUCUCCCAGGAGGAAGGUGUGAAGACCCUUUACAAAGGUUUCACCCCCACCAUCUUGGGUGUUAUUCCAUAUGCAGGGAUCACAUUUUUCACCUAUGAGACGCUCAAAAAGCUCCACGCAGAAAAGACGAAGCGCUGUCAGCCUUACCCUUAUGAACGCCUGGCGUUUGGAGCCUGCGCAGGCCUGAUUGGGCAGUCGGCAUCAUACCCACUCGACGUGGUUCGCCGGCGCAUGCAGACAGCGGGCGUGAUUGGCUCAUCCUACGUCACAAUCAUGGGGACCAUGCGUGAGAUCGUGAAGCAGGAAGGCGUCAGGAGAGGACUGUACAAAGGCCUGAGCAUGAACUGGGUGAAGGGGCCUGUUGCGGUGGGAAUUAGCUUCACCACAUUCGACAUCACACACAACCUGCUGCUGAAGCUGCACCAGAUGGGCUACUCUAUCCACUGAGUCUGCUAGGGGGCAAAGGAAAGUGAAGAUUACGUUGGGAAGAGGAUAGGAAGCUGAGCCUCCUCAUGGCCAUGGCGAGGUUCUGCUGGGUGCAUGGCCAUCCCAUAGCACACUCCUGUUUCCUGAGAGAGCGUGUCAGAGCUGACGGGGAUCUGCUCUGCAAGAAACGCUGCAUCACAACUUGGCUUCAUGCAAAGUGAUCACUAACUUUGCAUAAGGGCACACAAUAUGAUUUUGCUGUCAUUGAAGUGACAUGUCUGAGAAAACAUGCACCGCUAGAAUGACAGACAGCAAAGGGCAGCAUGGAAAAUGAUGAGUUAAAUGGCGCUUUAUCAUUGUUUCUCUUCUGGUUAAUCCUACAUUUCCACAAACACACCGUCUUAGUGCUUAAUUUCUUUUUAAACCAGAAAUUAUUUGAUUUUAAUUUAUUUUCCCUUUUACUACGGCAAAGAUUAUAAGGAUGUUUGGGAUUGUUUGCAACUAGAGCGAUUUAUUAUGGUUUUAUUUUCCAUUGAAAGGAUAAAAAACAAUCAUCACUCUGUUAAUAUAGCAGCUCUGCUGCACGUUUUAAGUCAUUUCUCCAACCGUCCAGGUUUUUAAUGCUUAAUCUGUAUUUAAAUCUGUGAUGAUUAACAAAAUUACAAACAAAUGUGUGAUUAUGAGCAACUAAUUUGAAUGCAGGAUAGUUUGCUCAUUGUUUACAGAUUUCUCAGCCCUUCAUUGAAUGGGGUCUC